AUGGAUUCCAGUUGCGUCCAGGACUCCCUAACAUUAAGAACCUCAAACCCAGGGUCUCGCCAGGACCCUGCGCGGAGAGCACAGCACAGCUUUUGGAGGCGUGGGAACCGGAGCCAUGCGCCCCUCCUCCCCGGCUGGGCGGAGCCAGGCCCCGCCAGCAAAGUGUCCCGCGCUACCUUGCCCGGCUCUCGGUCGCGGGGUGGCCCUGCCGCACCGCUUCUGGAUCCCAGAGUCGGGCGCGCUCGCACCGGUCCCCGAGCCAGCAGGCGGCCGGAAGGGCACUGCGCGGGGACUAGCGUCGGAGCGCGCCGCCGGCCACUCCUGACCCGCCCAGACGCCUCGCCCCUUCCCGUUACUGGCCAAACCACCUGGAGGAGCCGAACUCGCCGCUGCAACCUGCGGCAGCAGGAGGCCCCGGACUUCCCGCUAUCGCCGCAGCCGGGGCGGGCAGGGGCGCCCGCGGCGCUCCGCAGCCCUCUUGGUCGCCACCGCCGGGUGGCAUGGAGGCCCACGGGGCCGGGAGGAGCUGGCCCGGCUGCGCUCGGUCUUCACGGCCUGCGACGCGAACCGUUCGGGGCGGCUGGAGCGCGAGGAGUUCAGCGCGCUGUGCGACCUGCCGACGCCGAGGCCGUGUUCCAGCGGCUCGACGCCAACCGCGACGGCGCCAUCGCCUUCCAGGAGUUCGCGCGCGGCUUCCGCGGGACCCACCGCAGGGAGCGGCGCCGGGGUGGGGGGCCGCGGGAGGCAGCGUCCGCAGCGGCCGAGGCGGGGCCCGACUCCUGGGACAGCGAGGAGGACGCGGCGACGGUGCUGGGCGCUCCGUGGUGCCCGGCGAGUCCCUGCCGGGCUUGUCAGGACUUCUGGGCGCGAGUCGGGGACGAAGCCAAGUUCAUUCCCAGGUUGUGCAGCCUUGGUUCCCUCUGGAAUAAUGGAUCCACGGCUUAAUACCCUGCAAUUUUAAAGAAGAAUGAGUAGUCAACAGCACAGCAUAGGAUCCCUCCCACUUAGGGGUAAGUUGGUUGUCAGGAUCCUUGUUCUUCCAAGUUUUUACUAAUACUAGAUCCCAGGUUUGUAAGAAUGCUCGGUCAUGUCUGUAGGAAAAGAAAUCUGGAACUAGCAUAUUCUAAAAUUUUACUUACAGUUUCCUCUUAGGUGAUGGCUGUAACUUUUUGUAAGUUUUCAUGCACUCAGUUCAUUGAUGUAUUUUCCAUCUUAUUUUUUGAGUAACGUCCUCCCAUAUAGGAUUUCAAAGGGACUGAAACCUAGUCCAUUUGUACGGGCAACUCAAAUUUUGAGGAGUGUAAUAGGCAACACUUGGUCCCAAGUGAGGAUGGU